UAUAUAAAAAAAAAACAUUGUUUCCAAAUAAAUCAUAGUCUUAAAAAUUCAUUAUUGUAUCCUUCCUUAUUUCUGCUAUCUCGUAUAUGUUUAAAUUUAGUUUUAGAUCUUUUCUUCAUUGUUUUCAUCGUCCGGCGAUUUCAUUUGUUAAUUCAACGUCAAAUAGUAAUUACAUGCGUUAACAGUAUAAUUGUUAAAGUUUUAUAAAAUGAACAUUACAUCCUUUGUUCGUACCGGAAAUAACGAGAAGAAAGGAGAGGAUCUUCAAAAACUUCCUCAAGAUACAUGUAAUUGGAAAAUGUCGUAUACCAUUGUUAAAUCUCAUCAAGAAAAUGUUAUGUUGCAGAACAAAUAUUCUUAUUUACUUUAUAUUCGCAGAAGCAAAUUGCAAAAUCCAUGUCCAGCUGAUAUAAAAAUGUUAAAAUAUAUUACACGCCUUGAUCAAGAUGAUCGAGAUUCGAAAUUCAAAUACGAGGAACUGGAUGCUGACUUUGAAGAAUACGAAGAUCAGUCAGAUGAAUAUAUUAACGAACUGGAUCAAUUGGAACCACCAAAGCUGAGCACUUGGGAAGAAUACAAGAAACUGGUAGACUUGGCCCAACUGAACCCAAAGAUUUUCAAGAGAUCACCAUUAGUGCAUUUAACAUCUCUAUCAAAAAUCUAUAUUAAUACAGAACACUCGAAAUCACCGCAUUGGAACGCUCGAGCUAAGAGGAGCAUAAUUAAACUGGGGAUGCAGAAAAAUAUCAUAAUCGCAGACUCCACUUACGUGCAAUUUCGUAAUUUCAAAUUAAACAAGUUGUACAAGAAAACAAUCACGUUGCAAAAUGUCAGCACAUCGCCAGCAAAAUUUCAAAUCGAACCAAGACCGUGUAACUCCAACUUUAAUGUGGUAAUAAAACGUCUCGAGAGUAACAGGAACAUCGUCCCUCCGGGAAUGCACUUCCAAUUGAUCGUUUUCUUCCGCUGCACCGACGUCGACGAACCGGAAGAGGUACUGGUGAUGAAGGUGGAGCAUGGAAAAUCGUUGAUCAUCAGGUUACAUGCAUAUAGAGAACCUCCUAUUUUAUUAGGGACCUGUUCACCGUCAAAGAAGUCUCUUGAUAUUCUGGAAUUCAAUGCAAAGUACUUAGUCCAGGCUUGGCGUCCAGAAACAUCAUCCUCAGAAGAUAGCGUAAAUUCUAGUGAAGACAGCGUCUCAUACAGCGUUCGUAGUUGGGAUACCAUUCACAAUAAAUUUGCAGGCAUGACCUUCGACUGUAAAAUAGGCUUUGUGGGAGAGACAGUACAUGUACCGAUCAAAUUCAAGAACGUUGGAGGAGACGGUAGAUUUUUCGCGAUGAGUGAGAUUGAUUGGGCUACUAUGCACAUUCAAGAUAUCACGGACACAAAUGUGUUAAAAUUAUCACGCUUCAAUGUAUGGCCAGCAUAUUUUAUACUGAAGUCACAAGAAGAGAUGAUUUUACAUAUAUCCUUUUUACCAGACUUUUAUGGCGUUCAUGUGGACAAAGUGUACAUACUUUGUAACAAUGGUACUAUACUAGCCACAGAAAUAAUUGGAGAUGGUGUAAUAUACGAACCGUCUUUCAUUCAGAUUAGUAAAAAAUUAAAAAAGGACAAAAUAGCUAAGAAAAGUGUAGAUAAGCAAGCAAACUACUGUGUACAGAUAAAUGCAAGUGCUCCAAACAUGUUUGGUCAAUGCACGAUUUACGUGACUAAUACGAGUGAAAUAAGUAUGUACUUCAAAUGGGAGAAACGAGACAUCCAAACCGACGAAAACAAAAUGAACCAGCACAAACACUUCCCUCUGGAAUUUCUUCUCAUUCGACCUGAUCAUGGUAUAUUUGCUCCAAGUUCCACGCAUCAUUUCAAUAUAAUUGCAGAAUAUAGUAAUUUGCAGCCAGCCCUUUAUCUCGCCGUUUUACAAUUGUACGUAGAAGAUAUACCUGAAGCGGCUAUUUGCGACAAGACACAGUCACGUGUUAAGCAGUGUACUAACAAACAACGCGAUUGUUUAAAUUCUGUAGAUGUUUGGGUCGCUGAUUUGGAGGUAUGGUUGCAAUAUACAACGGAUGAUCAAAUUAAAAGUGAUCAAGCCUUCGAUGAAAUAGUGGAACUGCUUGCUGGAAAAAUAUCGGACUAUAACGAUUUCAUAAAAGAUCAACAAGAGGAAACUGAAGGAGAAGACAUGAGAACUGAAGGAGAAGAAUAUAAAUCUACGAAUUUACUGUUAAUAGACGAGUUGUUUUCACAUUACGACAUUAUGAAUCUAAAACAAUUCAAGCCACUUUUGUGGGAACGUAAAAUAACCAUGGGUAUCAUUAGACCUACAAGAACUUUAUACAUUGGUAUCGAGGAGACUUGUGUACUGACAGUCAAGAAUCUCUCCGAUCAUUCGUUAAAUUAUUCAUGGGGUGAUGUGGGUGGUGAAGAUGCAGAGAAAAUGAAGAUCUGUAUUUGCCCUGAAAAAGGAGAACUAUCAGGUAGAACCACAGAGAAAAUGAAGAUCACUCUUAUGCCCCUGAAAGAGGGGAUCGUGCAGUCUUUACACAUGCUCUGUUUCAUUGGAAAUUCACAAAAAAUCAUAAUGCUGGGAAUUGAAUGUAACAUUGAGCCACUUUAUGUUACAUUUUACUUCCCAUUAAGUGACAAACAGCCUGUGGAAUUGAAGAACAAUUUUGUUCGAAUAGAGUGGCGCGUGAAUAGCCUUCAACUUGCUUUGGAUUUAGCAGGAAAAAGUAAAAAAGGCAUGAAAUUGUUGGAUAAAUAUAGAGCAAGAGAAGAGCAGGAAUUAAUGAACGCGAAUUUGGAUCAAGGAGAUGUUCUCAAAGACGCUUCUGCAGGUCCUUCGAUCAGCGAAGUGGCUGAAGAAUCAGGAGAGCAAUCUACCUUGAGUACCCGUACUUCAGAGAUCAUUCAAUUGAGUAAGUUGGCAACAGGAAAUGGGAAAUAUUCGCAGGAGAAGAUCGUUUCCUGUGAAGAUAUUGUUCCUUUUUUCGAAAUAACUCUGCCGUUCACUCAGCAACCAACUGUAAUGGAAUUUUUGAAUCUACCUUUGAGGACGGGUACUUCUAAGUUGUACAAGACCAUUGUAAUAUCAAAAUGGAAUGGAAUAUAUUAUAAAUUUUCAGUGGAAAAGAAAACGUUCAUCAUAAAAAACGAGACAUCCAUUCCAACAAAUUUUCGACUACGUUUAAAAAAUUUCUAUCCUGUUAUGUGUUCCUGUGAAGGGAUAUCACUGGAGGAUCGUAUUAAGUCUAUCUACAAGCGAGUUCAUUGUCAAGAAAAGGACCUGAUUGAGGAAAUAAUGUACCGAGUGAAACAACCAAACUCAGGGGUUGUGAUUUAUGUUGACCCUUUAAGUUCAAAUAUUGGACCUUUCGAGGCUGUACCGGUGGAUAUCUAUGCUUUUGGUGAUACUUGGGGUAUUUAUGUUGAUAAAUUGGAGAUAAAUAUAACAGGGUUACCAUUGUACACGUUAGAUAUAUGUGUACAGAUUGUUGGGUCACCCAUAUGGGUGUCUAUUUCGGAUAGAAAUCAAUCAAAAGUACCUGUCCUUAAAUAUGGAACAACAAUUAAAGGUAUACGUCUACAGGAAAGGAAAAUAGUAUUAAGGAAUACUAGUGUGGUACCCAUAGCUAUUGAUUGGCAUUCAUUUCUAAUCACAUCAGUCACAGAAAGCAUGCCUUUUAACGUUACAGUUAAUGUCUGUACUUUAUUUACUGAUAAGUUGGCAUCAAAAUUGAGGGCUAGCAAGUCAAAAAGUGCUAGUGAAACUGAACAUGUGAAAUUUUAUUCAUCAACAGAAAAUCUAAAUGAACGUAACUCUACUGGAUCCAGUAUCAGUUCUGAUAUAACAGCACAUACUCAUUCAGGGUCCUCUUACAUGGCCACGUCUUGGAAAUCAGAUGGUGAAUCUUUACAAACUACUGAAAUUUCAGUAGAAUAUACCAGUGAAGAUACUUUAGAAGACAAAAAAACUGCAGAUUCGGAUAUAAGUAGUCAUAACACUACUGAAGAUGUAGAAGACACUGAAUUCAGAAUUUCAAUACUCCCUUAUUAUGGUCCUGUUGAUACAAUAGCUUGUACAGUUGCUCCAAGAGAAAUGUUUAUUUUGCCCAAUGAUACUGCUUUCCUAAGAAUCAGUAUACAACCUGACAAAUAUAACAAUAAAGUGAAAAAGAUCUAUGAAGAGAAAUUCCUUUCUAAGAUUCUGGGAUUUCUAAGAAUUGCUCCAAGCGAUAAGUAUAGAGAUAAUUGUUAUUUUAGACAAGAUGGAAUUUAUUUUCCCCCUGUAGAAAUUGAUAUUACAGCAGAUAUUAUCCAGCCAAGAGUGACUUUUAGUAUUCCUAAAGCAAACAGAAUAUUUAAGUGCUGUGCCCAUGAUGUAAUGCAAAGCAAAACAAAAAAAUUAGAAUUGGUUCAAACAUUCUUCUUACAUAAUUGUGCACCUGAAACCAUAGAAGUCAUGUUGGAAACAUCUGAUCCAUUUCAUAUCAAAUCUGUUGCAAUUUAUGCAGAAACCGAUCCAUGCAAAUUUACAGGGACUAUAUGUAUAAGUAGCAAAGGAUGUGCCCAAGUAAAAAUAAUGUGUAUCGUGGAUGCAGAAUUAAUUGAAACAAUAAUUCAUACGCAUAAAUGUCAAGAUUUGUAUGAUUCGGUAAUUACGCUAACACAACCGCUGCAAAUCAUACACACCGAUAAACGUUAUCAGAAGAUAGAAUUAUUUUUGCAAGUCUGGUUACCAAUAUUAAAAUUAUCAUCGUAUGCAUUGAACUUUGGUCUGGUUUACAUAGGUGAUACUAAAAAACUAAUGAUAGUCAUUAAAAACUUAUCAGUAUGCAGUCAGUACAUUAAAGUCAAUCAAAAGUUCAAGAACAAUGAUUUUAUACUUGAUCAAAAAGAAGGAAUAUUAUCAAGCUAUCUAAAUGGUAAAAACAGCUCUUUGAUGCUCACAGUUUCCUUCCAACCAAAAAAACCUGGGCAAUCAGCUGAAACAUUAGAAAUCAUAACUGCUAUCCCUUCUAACACAGAAGAAUGUGAAAUUUACGGAGAAGGAUCAUUAGAUGAAAAAUAUCAUGCUCCAGGUGUAUGAACAAACAAAGCAAUUAUAAAUCUACUAAUAUAGUUAAUCAUCAAAAAUGUAUGUCAAAGAAUUAAAUUAAUAUAUAAUACUACUUGGAAAACUUAUGACAACUCUUCAACAGAAUCUAACGUUCCUAAGUUACCAGUGCUAACUUAGUAAAAUUAAAUAACAUACAGUAUAAAUUAAAAACAAAUUAGCACCCCUAUUCACCGCAGCUUUCCUCGAUACCAACUGAAGUACUGUUAGUAAUGGUUCUCAGAUCAAUAUUUAUUGUCAAUAUUUCGUCAAUAUUAAAAAUAUUUUUGAUUUCAUCAAAUCGUCUUAUAGAUAUUUUAUAUAUUAAUAAUCAAUCGAUAUGUCCCUUAAAACAUUUAAUAAUCUAGAUAAUAGUGAAAUAUUGACAAUAUAUAUUGAUCGUUUGAGAGUCCCUUUAGCACUGUUCCAAUUGGUGUCGACACCUACCGAAGUAAACGCAAAUGAUUGAAGAUCUUCCAUGUCACGUGACUGGCGUAGCCAAUCGGAGAAUUUUGAGGGCCCUAUACGUGGCAUAAGGCAUGAAUCCUUUCCACGUCCGCCAUUUUGACAUACGGUACUUUUCGAGAGUGUUGGUUUUAUGUUUUAUCGUUUCUCGUGAAAAUAAUCUUUUUUACUGAAACGUAAGUAACGUAAGUGGCUUAUACGGACAACGUGAAAUUACGGGAAACUCUCAAUAAUCAGACAACGUUUAUAAAUAAUGGAAGUUUGAGCGGGGAACCUUUGACGAUUUGCUGGGGAGUAGGUCGAAGGUGACAGACAA